AUGCCCCUCCAGGGACAGCCUCCCUACUCUUUCCCCUUCUGUCUGGGUGUGCCUGAAGUGUACAAUGACAUUCACCGCCUCUCGUUGCAUUAUGCGCACCACCACAAGGGCCAGUGGUACGAGUACGAGUGCACCCUGUGCGUCCCCAAAGUGCGACUGAGGACACUAAGGGGGGCGCGCACGCACUUCAAGACUGUGCAACCUGGUACUCGUCCCCUGCCCCUGCCGCCACCCAGGCAUGUCUCGCCCCCACUCUCCCCCGGGGGCGUGCCCCACCAACAGACUGACGCCCUGAUGCCCCCCGGGGAGCCGUGGGCUUCCCAGGAGAGGCACGCUGCCGCGGCCCCCGGGGCCACCACCUUGGCUGAUGCGCCGCCUCCUUCUCGUUGUGCUGCACUGCCGGCACCGCCUGGGUCGGUCCCUGCGCUGGGCGGCAGCCCAAUGGCUGGCCCGCGCGGGCGUGCCUGUGCCCCCUGGAAGCGAGGUUGGGCUGCCACCUCGGCCUGA